AUGAAUCAUAGAACUGCUGUAGUCACCUUACUCUCGUGUAUAUUUAUUAGUUCUGUUAACGGUGUUCUGCGUGUCAUGACAUUCAAUCUCUGGAUAUCUGGAGCGAACGUUAACAACGGUCUUCAGAAAAUUGCGAAACAUAUUGCCCUUAUUAACCCAGAUAUUGUCGCCUUGCAGGAAGUCGUGAGUAUCAACGCACUAAACAACCUUACUGCCUUACUAGGUGAUGAGUGGACAAGCAUUUGUCAUCAGAACAAAGACUCGCCAGACGUUGCGAUCAUCACCAAGCACGAGAUUCACUCACAGUCCUACGCAAACACCAGCAGAGGAAUUGGUGUAAGAAUUCUGGUCGACUCAUGGUAUUUCGUGAAUGUUUGGUCUGUACAUCUCGACUACCUUUCGUACGGACCGUAUGCUGCAUACAACAAAUUGGUCACUUCCAUGGAUCAAAUUAUGGCUGGAGAGAAUCCAAGAAGUGGUCAAGGAAGGAGACAAAAUAUGGAAGAAAUAAAAAACAAUCCAAAGAUGGCCUCUUGGAUAAGAAAGUCAAGCUACGUGCCAGUGAUUGUUGCCGGCGAUUUCAACUCUCCAUCUCACUUAGACUGGACGGUGAAAGCAAAAAGAAGACAUGGCGGAUGGUCAGUGGAGUGGCCAGCUACGAAAAUCAUGUCCGACUUGGGUUUCAUUGACUCGUUUCGCGAGGUCCAUCCAAACGUCGACGCCGAUCCUGGUUAUACAUGGUCAACCGUGAACAAGUUCAAUGAGCAAUGGGACUACACAAUUCCGGAACCGCAAGAUCGGAUUGACUUCAUCUUCUGUCUAGGUGACAUAACACCAAUCAGAUCCUUCGUUUACGCUGGUUCCGAGCCAUUGCAGCCGAUACCACGUCACUGGAACAACGAUUACCCGUCCGAUCAUUUUGCAGUUGUCACCGAUUUUGACGUGAAAAACAUUCUUUGA